AUGGGACUUAGCCUUAUAAGACAAGCUCAUGAUCAUCAUGGACCAACAAGACAACAAGUUAUUUUAAAUUCUAAUACAAUAAGAGAUCAAAGUGAUAUUUCAAAUACAAAUAAUCUAAAUUAUGUAUUUCAAACAUCUAAUGUAAAUUCUUGUCAUUUUUUAAAAGUAAAAAGUGCUAAGGCUAUCAAAAAUCCUUGCAAUAUUAAUAGAAAAUCAAUAAAUCUUUCAAAUAAUGGUCAAAUAUUAGAAUUUUUAUAUGAUUGCACUGAAGAUGCAUUAUUUAGUUUAUAUUCUACAGAUAGUAUUAAUGAAAACAUUAUUGAAAAUUUAAACCCUAUAUUAAAGGUACAUUUACCUAAUGGUAUAAAUAAAUCAAAAGUUAUUCAUCUAGAUAAACCAUUAGUAAAUUCAUUUUUAAUAUUAUUGAAACCACUUUCUUUGGUUAGAAAUGAUAUAAAUAUUAAAGAUAAAGAUAAUGAUAAAAAUACAAACUACACUAUAUCUUCUAUUGCUUCAGAUAAAAAAAAUAUACAAAAUAUUACAGAUAUAUCUCAAUUUACAUUCUGUAGAAUUAAUAUAACAAAUAAUAAUCAAAAAGAUAAAUUAAAUAUAAUCAGAGUUAUUAGGCAAUGUGUAAAAUAUAAUGGUAAAGUAUUUGAAUUACAAGAUUUAUAUGGUUUAAAUAUUACAAAUAGUAGUAUUAAUGAACAAAAUAAAUCUAAUGAUAAAUAUUCUCAAGAUGAUCUAUGUGUAAUUUGCCUUACAAAUCCAAAACAAACAAUUUUAUUGCCUUGUAGACAUGCAUGCUUAUGUAUUGAAUGUACUAGUAAUUUACUUGCUAGGAAAAUCUCAUGUCCAGUAUGCAGGCAGUGUGUUUCCGGUUUAGUUAAUAUUGAAAAUAAUACAAAUAAUCAAUAA